AUGGCGCAGCAAGAAGUUCAACUCAACAGAGAAAGAUUCUGCUGUCCGAUCUGUCUGGAUCUACUGAAGGAUCCGGUGUCUACUGUCUGUGGACACAGCUACUGUAAGAGCUGUAUUAACACCCACUGGGACAAAGAGGAGGAGAGAGGAAGCUACAGCUGUCCUCAGUGUAGACAGACCUUCUCACCGAGGCCUGUCCUGGGGAAAAACACCAUUUUAGCUGAUUUAGUGGAGGAGCUGAAGAAGACUGGACUCCAAGCUGCUCCUGCUGAUCUCUGCUAUGCUGGACCUGAAGAUGUGGCCUGUGAUGUCUGCACUGGGAGAAAACUGAAAGCUCUCAAGUCCUGUUUGAAUUGUUUGGUCUCUUAUUGUGAAAAACACCUCCAGCAUCAUCUUCAGUCAACUGCAUUUAAGAAGCACAAGCUGGUGGAGCCCUCGGAGAAGCUCCAGGAGAAUAUCUGCUCUCGUCACGACGAGGUGAUGAAGAUGUUCUGCCGUACUGAUCAGCAGUGUAUCUGUUAUCUCUGCUCUGUGGAUGAACAUAAAGACCACAACACAGUGUCAGCUGUAGCAGAAAGGACUGAGAGGCAGAGAGAGCUUGGGCUGAGGAGACAAACAAUCCAGCAGAGAGUCCAGGACACAGAGAAAGAGGUGAAGCUGCUU